CUUCUGUCUGAGACAACGAUUUUUUUUACCGAGGUUGCAUAGAAAACUUGCCUUACAAGAACAUGUGAGAUGGGGAAGAUAAAUGAAAUUAAUUAUUUAUUUCCGGUAUUUCUCGUGCACGUUAUUCUCGAGGUGGUAUACGGAGUUGCUAUAGGACCAACUUCAAAUGUUACACAAUGCGGAAAUCUAUCAUGCCUUCACAAUGCAAAAUGCCGGACAGACGGACACGGGGAUCAGUAUUGCAUGUGCCAGACUGGAUAUGCAGGUGCUACAUGUAACGAUGAUUUUGAUGAAUGCAGCCUUGGAAACCCUUGUAUGCAUCGUGGUAUUUGUAGUAACACAAUUGGAAGCUAUAGAUGCAACUGUUUACACGGAUGGUUUGGCAACAUUCACUGCGAUAUAAAAGACAAUUCUACAACUGUUCGGAAUUGCACGCCGGGAUGGAUGGGGGAAUGGUGCCAAGAUCAGUGUCUACACGAUUCAAUGUGUCGACCUACAGAAGUGUGCAAAAAGCGAGGGAGAGGACUUCACUGUUUAUGUGCACCCGGAUGGAGUAGUCGGAGUUGUUCUGUUGACAUCGAAGAAUGCACGCAAAUCCAUGCUCGAAUAAUAUGAUGUGUACAAAUACGCCUGGUUCCUAUCUGUGCAGUUGUUUAUCAGGAUUGACAGGAUCAAAGUGUGAUACUGAUAUUGACGAGUGCACGAGAAGCCCGUGCGAACAUUCCUCAACAUGCGUGAAUGCGCAUGUGUCCUAUAACUGCACAUGCGCAAACGGUUGGCAGGGAACUAAUUGUGAAAAUGAUAUUAAUGAAUGCGAAAAUAAUCCAUGCAAUUCAACAUAUGUUUGUUAAAAUAAUCCCGGAUCAUUUUCAUGUUCAAUAAAGCAAAAUAGUGCGUCAGG